GCAGUGCCAAACAUGUAUGGUGCAUCUUUUGAUUGAUUGAUUGAUUGAUGUCCGUUUCUCGAAAUUUGCUAGAUGAAUUGAAGCAGGAUGAAGAUUUUUCGCACGUUGUUUCCAUCAUCGAAAGUGCAAGGCGUGGAACGAAGUGCCACGAACUUCGGGAGAGGAUGGCAGGUGGCUAUGGUGGACGGCAACUAACUUUGCUCGCUCCAACCAACAAUGCGAUCAAAAAGGCUGCAGAGGCGAAAAAAACAACAGUGGACUUGUUCUGCAAGAUGCCAGAGGUUGCAGAAACUAUUGCCCAUCAUGCCGUGUUUGACAGGUGGCCCCUUUCUGCCCUUCGAAUGCUUGGAACACCUCUGGAGAGCUUACAAUCUCAGAAAUUGGUGUUUUUGCCCAGUGGCGGAAAGGUGAGUGUCAAACUUGUUGGUUCGAUGCGACCAGUGCGAAUAAACUCUGGUGAUAUACUUUGCAGAAAUGGCCUUCUGCACAAACUUGGGUGUUUACUUGUGUCAGCCAAGCAAGGAUGGCGGGGAGUUGCAAGUCGGGAAGAGGCGGUUCAGAGGGCAAACGAAGCACAACAGGAAAUGCUGAAGGACCGGCGUGAGCUAAAUGGCAAGACGUGGGCAGGACCGCCCCCUCCUGGACCUGUUUCCAAGGCUGUCGCAGCUCGGCGAACCGUUUCAGCACAUGACCGCCAGCGAGCACGAGCAUUCGCUCCACUUUACGGUGAUGACUAUGAGCCUCGGAUCUACACAGGUGACGAACCACUCCCUCCGCGACGGGAUUUUUCACAACUGCGUACUGUUCCAACUGUUACAAGAGACAAGAGCCUUCCAAGUCAAGCACCCACGCGUGAUGAUGCCUGGGAGGAGUGGGAACCUCUCAAACGGGAGGAGAUGAGACUCCAGCUAGAGCUUGAAGACUUGCAGAGGUACUUGCAGUCCAAGGAGGCACUCAUUGCGGAGCAUGCUGCUUUUGUUCGGGAGGUCUUGCCACCUUCUGGACUUGGCUGGGCAAGUUCGCACAAAGCGUUGGUUGAAGUGCUCUUGUCGAGUGCAGACGAAUACCAGUUGUUGCAGUCCCGUCUUUCUCAUGAAGAUCCUAAACUCAUUACAUCAGAGGUGAGGCUGAGAUGCUGUACAGUGCCAUCUGGAAGUCGGCUAUGCUGUGAAUUACCUAUAUGGACUUCCAAACUCUGGCUUACUCUGGAACUGCCGGAAGUGCUGCCUAGCGCGACCUUCCCAUUGUGGAGUGCUCCAUCAGGUGAGCGGGGGAUGGAGUCAAGGCUUCAACAUCUUGAGGCACAUCUCCUAAUUGAGCAAGCCCAAAAGGCACUCCAGUCAGAUGAGCUUGAUGCAGGGGAGCUUGCGGGUAGAAUAGUGAAGGAGGCAGAUUGCAUUGCUGAUGUCUUGUCUUGGAUGGAAAACCACGGGAUUUGUUGGGGCUUGCCAGACCAGCGCAAAUUUGCUCGGUUGUGCGAGGCCAUGGAAGUGCUUCACUUUGGUGCACCGAGCGCUGAUUGCAUGGUCUCCGAGGGCGAAACACGAGACAAUCCGAAAGAACCUCAUCACAAUUUGCUCCAGCGACGCGUUGACAAGAGCAUCCUGACAAGAGUGCUGAGUUUGCCUUCGCUACCAGAGGAUCACUCAGAGGUGCAAGCGCUGAUGACACACUUGCGUCAUAUGUCCAGCGAGUUAUGUUCGAGAAACGGACUGCUUUCUACUCUGAAGCAGGAGGUUAGCGCUCGCACUGAGUCAGUUGAUAUCCUUCGAGGCAGGUUGGAAGUUCUUGAGUCCAGCAUGCCAAGUCAGUGGUCUCCACCACUUGAGCUGUGGGAGGAUUUGAUGGGCGCAUCGGCUCCAACACCAUUGGAGGCUGUGGAUGCCUUCAAACAGGUCUCUGAAGCCGUGGCAGAAGCACGCAGAAAGGCUAUGCGGAAGGGAGAAGAGACAGCCAUGAAAGCCGAGGCCUUGAAGGCCAGUGCUGCAGAAAAGUUGCGCCAAGUCACAUGGGCUGAGUCGCAGGCUGCUGCCAGGGAGGCUGAAAUUGAGCUGUUAAAGCAGCAUCUUCGGGAGCAGGCUGAUCACGCCAAGGAGCUUGAAGUUGAGCGCCGGGAAGAAUUGUGUUCAGGCCGAAAUCGCAGAAACAUGCUCAACGUGAUGGACGCUGAUGAGGCAGAAAGAAGAGCCACUGCUCUGUCCUUGAAAUAUCACGCGUCGAAGGUGCAGACAGCGUGGAGACGGCGGCAACGCAAAGCCCGUGUGCAGCUGAAAGCAGUGCUCCUUCUGCAGUUCCAAAUCCGGCGUUGGCAGAAAAGACGCCAAUCUGCGGCGCAAAGAAUCCAGAAACACUGGCUUCUCAAGAGGACUCAAGCGAAUGAUGACGUUCGGUGAGAACUUGCGCUUGAGGGAUUCUCAUUGUGAGCUUCAGCGAGCAGAAGCAAGACGCUUGACAGGAUGGCCCACACUGCUGCGCCUCAAUCCCUGAAGCCCAAAGAUGGCUCCGGAGACUUCAACACAGAUUGG